AGCUUUACCAGGCCGAUCCCAUGAAGGUAGGAACGGGAAUAUGUCGCCACAGUUCUUUGUGAUUACACCGGGGCAGCCAUUGAUAGUGUUAUGUGCUUCAGUCUCCGCUGUACUCGCUCUCUGCAAAGUAAUAUGUUGGUUCGUGUUGUGCUGAAAUACAGACAUUGUGAGGGGAACCUCUGCAUUAAAGUAACAGAUGAUGUAGUGUGCUUACUGUAUAGGACGGACCAGGCUCAGGACGUCAAGAAGAUUGAGAAAUUCCACAGUCAGCUGAUGCGGCUCAUGGUUGCCAGGGAAUCCCGCAGCGCUGCCAUGGAAACGGACUAAAUGUCUGAAACUGAAGAGAGAAGGGACUGUGGCGGUCACAUUACACCGGGGCCGAGGGAGGGGGGAUAAAGACUGAAAAUAAAGGGACAGUGAGAGAUUUGGAGUAACGGAGCUGACACAGACGCAGGGAGUUGCUAAUUCAGACAGAGGCAAAAGAGUGCUGUGCUUUCAGUGGAAAGCUUCUAUUUAUUUUGUUUGGGAUUUAUAUUAAGGAAAACGUAUAAUUCUUCCAAAACUACAAAUGUAUUCGGCGUUUCACAGACCGACUUUUUUUUUUUUUUUUAAUUGGUAAAUGAUAUAAAAUGAAAUCAAUAGAAUAAAUUCCCUUAGUCGUCACUGAUAACUGCUUAAUUGCUUGUGUUUAUAGCAGGGACGUCCCUUCUGCUGUUGAAUGACAUCUCCCGUCGUUCCCUAUUUGGGGAGUUGUAGUUGCAAACUGCAGGAGGGAUGCCUGACUAAUCGACCUUGCUGAGGAGAGGGAAUAGGAAAGUCUAAAUGUACCCAAUGGUUUCUCUGAAAAGAGGCUUGAACAUUAAUAAACUUAUUUUUAAUUAA